AUGAAUGUCGUUAUUAAACGCUUUGCUGGGAUUUUGUUGUAUGAUGAUCUUCACAUACAUGUAAUACCCAAUAUUGAAGCUAUGAGAGAAAUAGGUGUGCCCGAAUCGAAUAUUGUGGCUUUCUUGACAAAACAACCUCAAGCUUUCACGCCUAACGCUAAUAGGUUUAAGGAGAUAGUGGAGGAAGAAAAGAAAAUGGGUUUUAACCCUACAAAAAUGAUGUUUGGUGCUGCAAUUCAUGCAAUGAGGGGAAUGAGUAAAUCAAAUUGGGAAAAAAAGGUGGAGGUUUAUAAGAAGUGGGGUUUGUUUGAGGAUGAGAUGUUGGUGGCUUUUGUGAAGCAUCCAAGGUUUCUGAGAGAAAAAGGUGUGCCCGAAUCGAAUAUUGUGGCUCUCUUUACAAGACAUCCUCAAGCUUUCAUGGCUAAAGCUGAUAGGUUUAAGAAGAUUGUGGAGGAAGUAAAGAAAAUGGGUUUUAACCCUACAAAAAUGAUAUUUGUAGCAAUUCAUGUACUGAGGGCAAUGAUUAAAUCAACUUGGGAAAAGAAGGUGGCGGUUUCUAAGAAGUGGGGUUUGUCUGAGGAUGAGAUUUUGGUGGCUUUUGUGAAGCAUCCACAGUGUAUGUUGGUAUCAAAGGAUAAGAUUAUGGGGAUGAUGGAUUUUUUUGUUAAUAAAAUGGGUUGGGAAUCUUCGAUUAUUGCGAGGAGGCCAAUGCUUCUUUGCUUGAGCUUCAAUUGUAAUGAUGCAAACAUCUAA